ACGGCGGCCGACUCUCGCGAGAUUUGCCUUGGGUCUGAGCGCGGGGCCCGACCGUCCGGAAAGCUGGAGCUGAGGGUGGGGAACAUGUCGGAUUCAGAGCUCGGCAGGAAGUGGGACCGGUGCUUGGCGGAUGCGGUCGUGAAGAUAGGUACUGGUUUUGGAUUAGGACUCGUUUUCUCACUUACCUUCUUUAAAAGAAGAAUGUGGCCAUUGGCCUUUGGUUCUGGAAUGGGAUUGGGAAUGGCCUACUCCAACUGUCAGCAUGAUUUCCAGGCUCCGUAUCUACUACAUGGAAAAUAUGUCAAAGAGCAGUGAUACCCCCCUGAGAACAUCCCGGUGGGAGGGAAAGAGAAAUCCCGUUUAUUCCUCAGGAAUAUUGAAGUGCCCUGGAGUAAGCUGACGUUCUUCUGUAACAAUGUUAUCAGUAAUGCUUUCCACUCCAGCACACUGUUUAUGUAUUUGAAACCAAGUCUGUUUCUUGUUUUGUAUUUUCUCUCUGGAAAUUGCGAGGAGGUGGUCUUAAAAGAAAUAAAUUAAACAGAAAUAGGCAGCCCA